AUGAAAACUGUAGCUGUUAACGAAAUCCGUCGCAGUAAGCGCCAAGCAUGCCUUGAUGUGAGCCCUGUAGUGUCACUGAAUCAGAAGAAAAACAAAAAGGAUGUUCCAGCCGAGAAUGAAAUAGCUAAGAAUGUAGAGGAAGAAGAUAUUGGAGAAUCAGUGGAGAUAGAAAAAGAUCAAGUGGAUGACGAAUCAGUAAAAGAACAAUCACCCCGUGUACAAGACGAAACCAUUCCUCCUCCUACGAGAAGCGUGUCCAAUGCGUCUGAAUCACUUGGGUUUUAUUUACAUUAUGUUUAA